AAACAGGGCUCCAAACGGUUUGUAGAGGAGGGUAAAGCUGUGGAUAUCUUCUGGGACCUCAAGGCUGCAAGAUUCAAUGGUGAAACUGAGCCUAAUUCUGAGUACUAUGUUGCUGUUGUUUGCGAUGAAGAGGUUGUGCUUCUUCUUGGUGAUCUAAAGAAAUAUGCUUAUAGGAAAACUGGGUGCAGGCCUGGUCUUAUUGAUCCCAUUUUGGUUUCAAGAAAGGAACACAUAUUUGGCAAGAAGAAGUUCGCUACAAGAAUCAAGUUCCAUGAGAAAGGAAGGUUUCAUGAGAUCUCAAUCGAGUGCAAGAAUAGAUGUAAUUACAGUGGCAAUCUUAGUAAUGGGAACUCUAUUAACGGGGAUGACCCAGAAAUGGAAAUAAGGAUCGAUGGAGACUUGGUCAUUCAUGUGAAGCAUCUCCAAUGGAAAUUUAGAGGUAACGAGUCUAUUAAACUUCAUAAACUAAGAGUAGAAGUAUAUUGGGAUGUCCAUGACUGGCUAUUUAGUCCUGGUUUAAGGCAUGCUUUGUUUAUUUUUAAGCCAAUAAUGUCAUGCACAUCUCUAUCACCACUAUCGACGUCAUCUUCAUCACCACCAUUAUCUUCAUCGACAUUGACACCACUGUCCUCUCAGACAGGACCUGGUUCUGGUUCACUAGAGAGGCUUGAUGCAGAUGGUGAGUCAUUUGAUUUUUGCUUGUUUCUCUAUGCUUGGAAAGCUGAAUGACAGGGAUAUACAGAAGCACCAACGUUACAUCAUCAUCAACACCCAAGAGAAUAAGGUUGUAAAAAGUAAAGGAAAAAUGGGGUGUUCAUGGGAUGGGCCAGCAGCAUGAGGUAGUGAGGAUACAGAUUGGGUUAAGACAGUAACAGAUGAUUUGGUUAAGAAAGGAAAUGGGGUCCAAUACUGAGGUGGGUAGUUAGCUACAGCCGGGGUUGAGCAAGUGGCCAUAAGUGGACAAGACAGAUAGCAUCACAUAACAUGGCCAACAUUAAUUUUUCACAUCUAGAGGCAUCUUCCUGUCUAUCUUCUCAAAAUCAUCUUUUCCUCUCUCUCUUCUCUCUCACUUGAUCUGGUCUUGAAAUACGAGCAGUUUGCUUUCAGAUUAUAGUA